GGACGAUUUGAGGGGGUUUGGCGGGGGAUUGGAGUGGUCCCCACUCAAAGAUGGAAGCAUGGCUUUCAGGGAUCCGGUCAGCAAGGAGAAUCAGAUCAGACCCACACUGCAAGUGCCGAUCUGUAAAGGAGCAGCCACUGGGUUCUCCCCACAUAUCCCCCUCAAUGCACGGUCACUUGGGGUGACGGGUUGAGGUGGGGAAGAAAGACAUGGGGAUGGGGUUUGACGGCAACAGAGCCGCUGUAGAUGGUGGUUUCGCUGCGAGUUACGGGAUGCAUGGGUCUACCUUAGUUUGACGGGACCCCGCCCCCUCAUCGGCGGCGAUAAGCUUGUUCCCGGUCGCCGCUCUUAUUCCUGGGGUCAUUAUCCCCACGCGCCUCGUCUCCCAGGGGCGGAAUCGAACACUACACGGAAUACUCACUUACUACUCACUUGCUCCUCUUCCAUUCUCACAACUCUCUCCUGUCCCCCGCCAUGGCCGUCUCCAAGAUCAUCAUCGUCGGCGCGGGACCCGCGGGCCUGCUGCUGGCCCUCCUCCUCGCGAAAGACGGCAUCAACGUCGAGCUGCUGGAGAUGACGCACGGCCUGGACAAGAGGCCGCGCGCCAGCCACUACGGCGACUCGUCGUGCUACGAGUUCGAGCGGGCCGGCAUCCUAGACCAGGUGCGGGCCGAAGGGUUCAUGCCCAACGGCGUGUCGUGGCGCAAGGUCGACGAGGCCAAGACGCGCAUCGUGGCCGUCGGGAACCCGGGCGGCGGCCGCAUGCACGACAGCAGCGCCACCGCCGAGGAGGCCAAGGAUGACAAGUACCGCAUGGUGUGCCUGCCGCUGCACCGCCUGGGCAAGAUCCUCGAGGCCGCCGUCGAGACCCAGCCCACCGCCAAGAUCCUGUACGGCCACCGGGUGCUGGACAUCGGCCAGGACGAGGGCAAGGCGUGGGUGCGCGUCGAGACCACCACCGGCGGCGAGGUGCAGACGCACACCAGGGAGGCAGACUACAUCGUGGGGUGCGACGGGGCGAACAGCAAGAUCCGGCAGUCGCUGUUCGGGACCGAUGUGUUCCCGGGUUUCACGUGGGAGGAGCAGAUCGUGGCCACGGACAUGUACUACGACUUCUCUCCCUACGACUACGACGACUCGCAGUUCUUCGUCGACAAGGACCACUGGCACAUGGUCGCCAAGAUCCAGCCCGACGGCCUGUACCGCGUCACCUACGGCGAGCUGCCGGGCCUGACCCCCGAGCAGCUGCUCGAGCGCCAGCCCAUGAAGUACGCCGCCUUCCUGCCGGGCAACCCGGAUCCGUCAAAGUACAAGAUCGUCAACUUCAGCCCGUACAGGGUCCACCAGCGGUGUGUCGACAAGAUGCGCGUCGGGCGGUUCCUGCUAGCUGCAGACGCCGCACAUCUGUGUAAUCCAUUCGGUGGAUUGGGCCUCACGGGCGGCAUCGCCGACGUCGGCAGCCUGUACGAGGCCUUGGCCGGCAUCCACAAGGGAUUGGCGGAUGACUCGAUCCUCGACAGGUACGACGAGGCGCGGCGCAGGGUCUACCAGGAGAUCAUCAAUCCCAGGUCCACUGAGAACCUGAGGCGCCUGUUCACGCUGGACGCGGAGACGGCGGCGGAGACGGAUCCGUUCUUCAAGAUGGUUAAGCAGGCGGAGAAUGACCCGGAGCUCAGGGAGCGGAUGAAACACGCCUUUAUGGCUCUACGCGCCGACAUGACACAGUAUUACAACAAACCGGCAUGAAACAGGACUUAGGAUAUUCGGCUGGGGGUCAGUGUAGCGGCAGUGGAUGGUGAAAUCAGCACAGGCAUCUGCAGGAAGUGUUUCUCGAUUUUGAUUACCCUACUAUCUAAUCCUGAUGUCCCGCGACUCCGUCAUUCUAUAACUCUAUUACGAGAGUGCUGGCACCUCAACAUGCUCCUAAACCUUUGUUGUCAGAUCG